UGUCAGGUGGACACGUCGGCCGCCAACAGCACGUCAGAGGGCCUGAUGUGGCUCCGUCUGGUGCAGUCGGCCCGCGACAAAGAUGAGCAGAACCUGGAAGCCUACGUGAAGAACGGUCAACUCUUCUACCGCUCGCUCAGGCGCAUUGAGAAGGACGAAGAGCUGCUGGUGUGGUACGGAAAAGACCUGGUGGAACUGUUGCUGCUCACCGCUGCCAGGGUGCCUGCCAAGAGCAAAGGUUCAUCCCACCACUCGUGUCCGGACUGCAGUCAGAGGUUCCAGUUUGAGUUCCCAUUUUUGGCGCACCUGCGCUUCCGCUGCACCAAAAGACUGCAGAGCUUGACGGGAGCAGACGAGGAGCCAGGCAGAGAGCGCAGCCCGGAGCGGCAGAAUACGACGUCCAGCAGGGGCAGCCCCAAGCGCGGGCGCGCCGACGGCGACGGCACCAAACCCUCCACGGACUUUCACAACCUGGCUCGGGACAUGGAGAACAACCGGACCGGCAGCCCGCUAAGCGACAGGGAAGCCGAGGUGUGCAGCGAGAGCUCGGGGAAGCGAAAGUUCUCCUCCGUGGACGACCGGGAGUGCCGACGACCGGGCCUGCCGCAGUCCAAGUCCAAGGAGGAGUUGGCGACGUCGGCGCAGAACUACCGAGGAGUGUACGGCUUGGAGGAGAACCACCGGUCGCUCUCCUCAUCCGGUUCCUCCGAGACCAAAUGCAGCGCCUUCACCGAAGUCAAGAAGUCGGUUCAGACGCUCAAGAACCACGGCGGCAGCAAAAGCUCGUCGGCCGCCAACUCCGAGAACAAAGACCGUCCCGGCGGGAGCCCCCCGGACAAGCACCUGAACAUCCGGCAGGUUCUGUCGGAGACGCAGCCGCCCCAAAGCCUGCCCAUGGCGAGCGCCUUCACCUCGGUGAGCCAGGCGGGCGGCGGCGAGCGCAAGAGCGCCUUCAGCCAACCGGCCCGAUCCACCUAUUCCCAGAUCUCGCCCUUGGUGAUGCCGCCCAAGCUGCUGGACUGCCACCCGGCGGUGGGCGACACCAUCUCGUCCACUCGCCUCUACCAGGCCGACCACCUGGCCGCCAAGCUGCAGGGCGCCGAGCUGGGCGCCAACUGCCCCGUGCCGGGCGGCGUGGCCAAGCAGAGCCCCUUCGUGUACGCCGCC